CAACAAUCGAUCGGUCAAAUUUCUACAAACAAAAGUCUGCGUCGCAUAUCGUCGCGAAAUCAACGCGUUGUAAUUCGUUCGCGCCAGUCACAUCAAGGCCAGCAAGAAUAAUCGCAGUCCGAGGAAGAGAGCAUGAACGGUUACCUAAUGACGCACCGCGACGCGUCAUUUUAUCUCGGAGUCAUUUCCGCGGGAUGCCGCAGUAUCCUUUCGAAUCGCGAGCGUUUGUGCGGCGCGCGGCUGCCUUGUCCGCGCAAGUUUUGUCAAAAGCACAUCGGCGUUACGGGCGAAACGAUGAUACGUCGGUGGACGACGACGAUCGUCUUCUUCCUCUUGGCGGUGCGGUUCUUCGUGUCUGUUCAUUCGCAGCACAAGGACCACGAGAGCCUCUGCGAGUCUCAGCAGACCUGCUCGAGCUGCCUGCAAACGCCACGAUGCGCCUGGUGUUCCAUGACGAACACGAGUGUUCCUCUGUUGCGUUGCAUGUCCAGAGAAACGUCCUUGAAGAGAGGUCGCCUCUGGUGUCCCGAAUCGAACGUGGUACACUACAAAAAUGAGAUGACCAAGGUGGACGAUCGACCUUUGUCCUCUAUCAAGGGCAAGGAACUCAUUCAGCUGCAACCUCAAGCGAUACGCUUGCGUCUUAGACGAGGGGAGGAGCAACGCGUGAUUCUGAAGUACAGACAGGCGGAAGAUUACCCCGUGGAUCUGUAUUACCUCAUGGACCUAUCCGCAUCCAUGGAGAGAUACCGGGCGCAAUUGUCGAAGCUCGGCCUGCAGCUGGCGAAAGCCAUGCAGAACCUCACGUCGAAUUUUCGCAUCGGGUUCGGCAGUUUCGUGGACAAGGUCACACUUCCGAUGACCAACACGCAGCCUGAAAAGCUGAAAGUUCCCUGCUACUUGGCCAACAAAAAGCCAUGCGCGCCGCCUUACAGUUACGUCAAUCAGAUGCCUCUGACGGAGAAUGUAAUGGAGUUUGAGACCGAGGUACAAAAGGCACCAGUCUCCGGCAAUCUGGACGGACCCGAAGGCGGACUGGAGGCGAUGAUGCAGGUCAUGGUGUGCACGAAGAAAAUCGGCUGGCGUCCAAAAGCGCGUCAUCUUAUCGUGUUCUCGACCGACGCGUCGUCCCAUAUCGCCGGUGACGGUAAGCUUGCAGGGGUGGUCGAGCCCAACGACUGCAAGUGCCAUUUGGACGAGAAAGGAGUCUACAAUUAUUUUCUCGAGCAGGAUUACCCGUCGAUCUCUCAGGUCAACCGAAAAGCGCGCGAGCAUAACAUAAACAUCAUCUUCGCAGUGCCCAGUGGAAAGAAUUCCACCUACUCGGACUUGAGUCGUGUUAUCAGCGGCUCCUCAACCGGAAUCCUUGAGGACAAUUCACAGAAUGUUGUUGAUUUAGUGAGCGGUGAAUAUGAGAAAUUGGUGGACACGGUGACGCUGAUCGACAACGCGCCGAAGAUGAUCGAUAUCAAGUACUUCUCCCGAUGUUUGAACAAAACCGGAGACCUGCUGGAACGUCGUGAAUGCGAGGGGCUUCGCGUGCAUAACAACAUCGAGUUUGAGAUUGUGCUUAAGGUUACAGAGUGCCCUAUGAAUCAGGAGGAUUGGAAGCAAACCGUGGUUAUCAAACCCAGAGACCUGAAUGAGAAUUUGAUCAUCGACGUGGAGAUUAUAUGCGAUUGCGAUUGCGAGAAACCUGGGAACUCGGGAUAUCGGCCGAAUGCCACGGAGUGCAAAGGUAAAGGCACCUCGGUGUGCGGUGUGUGUUCCUGCAAUCCCGACUUUUACGGGAAGCAAUGCGAAUGCAAGGUAAACGAGAUCCACGACGGCAAUGCGAUCUCGACCGCCGACUGCAAGCCCGACAACCAAACCGAUGAGAUCUGCAGCGGCCACGGCACAUGCAAGUGCGGUGUGUGCGAUUGCGACAGACGACCGAACCCGAAGGAAACGUUCUACGGCAAGUACUGCCAGUGCGACAAUUUCUCCUGCAAACGCAGCGGCGGCCAGGUCUGCGGCGGCAGGGGUAGGUGCGACUGCGGUACCUGCAAUUGCGACCCGGGAUGGGGUGGCGAGACGUGCGACUGCAAGGAGACCAACAGCACAUGCAUCCCGCCGUCGAACGGGAACGUCGAGAUUUGCAGCGGCCGCGGCGAUUGCAUCUGCGGCAGCUGCCAUUGUCAUGAGUGGAACAAUAUCCGAUACUCUGGCCAAUAUUGCGAGGAGUGUCCCACGUGUCCAGGACAACGGUGCGAGGAGCUCAAGGACUGCGUGGAGUGCACGGUGUACAAAACAGGGCGGCUCAUGAAAGACGGAAACUGCGGCUUGUGCUCGCACGACAUCGAUGUCGUCAAAGUCGUCGAGGAGGAUCCCAUGAAAGACGAGGAGACCGGCGCCCGCAUAUGCCGUACACCCGGUGACGAGGGCUGCACGUUUGUUUUUAAAUAUCAGUAUUACAGUAAUCGCGGGGACAUCAGGAUCUACAAGAUCCUAGCCGAAGAAGAGAGAACCUGUCCUGAACCCAUUAACGUCCUCGGUGUUGCGCUGGGCGUCGUCAUAAGCACCGUGGUCCUCGGUUUCCUGAUUCUCCUCAUUUGGAAGAUCCUCACGAUGGUGCACGACAAGAGGGAGUACGCCCGGUUCGAGAAAGAGCGCGCCCUCGCCAAAUGGAACAGGGAUGAGAAUCCUCUCUAUAAGCCAGCGACGACCACCUUCAGCAACCUCACGUACAACGCGAACGAGGAGUAAUUUGUAACUUAGACUCAUUGUGUGUGAUACCGCGGACUUUGGACACGAAAUAAGCUUUCAACUGCAUCUCUGCUGCGUCGAGAAUUAUCAUAACGCUUUGCACGCUCAUAAGAAGUCGGCGAGAAGUCGCUUCUUCUUCGGUGUGAUCAUUCUACAUAAGAAUAUGUACGAUCAUUUUUAUAUGUAGCUCUCGCGCACGCGCGAGGGCUGUUUAACUUAUUGUCUUACACUUUGAUGUUGCAACGUAUUGUAAAUAUAAUGACUAAACAAACGGAAGUAUACAAACACACACGCGCGAGAUGAGACAAAAUUAAUACUUGGAGUCUUGGAACUUUCACGACUAAUCAGUCGGCUGAUUAACCCUUAAGAGCCUACCAUCAAACAGCCAGAGCUAACCUUUCUUGUUAUUGUUUAUAGCAAAGUAUAUGCGAAAAUUGAUCUGUUUUCAUCAUAAUGUUGUCACUUUUGAUAGUGUAAA